UCAUGCGUCUGGCAACACUGGUCUGGGUAGUUUGACACUAAUGACAGCGUGGAAGUCAUAACAAAGGUGUAAAUAACACACGUUGGUCGCGCACGUUGUUCGCUUCGCGUGUUGCGUUCGUUCCAAAGUUUUCAGCUAAAAUGGGUGAUAAAAUUAAACUGUUUGAUGAAUCCGACCAUGAAUCGGAGCCGGAUGACGGUGAAUUCCGAACGAAUACAAGCUACGCUAAGCAUUACGAUGAGUUUCGUAAGAAGGAGAUACUCGGUCAGCUGAAAAACUUAAAGGAAGAACUCGGUUCAUCCGAUUCCAGCGAUGACGAAACGACCGACGACGAGAUAGUUGAUCCAGAUUUCGAUAAAGAGUUUUUUCGGACGCUUGCCUUUUUGAAGCGAAAGGAUAAGGACAAGUACACCGAACAGCAGUCGUUCUUCGAAAAUGUGAAGCCUAUCGAGGAAGUGGCCCUAACCAAGCGGCACCACAAGGAGAAACCAAUGACUCUGAAGGAUUACGAACGGAAAGUGAUGCUCGAAAGGGGUGGCGUGUUUGAGGAUGACGAUGAAGACAACCAGACAGGAGUACGGUCCGCUUCCCCAACGAUGGUGGAGGAAGAGAAAAAGAUUAAGGAUGAAAUUAAGCAAGCCCUAAGCAAAAUAGGCGACGGGGAAAGUGAUGAGGAGGAGGUGCUGCAAAGUAAGGGCGGUGGUUUGCUGCAACACCGUGUGAAAAGUGCCGCCGAAAGCGAAAAAGAGCAAUCGGACUACAUCCAAUGGUUGGCGGACAAAAAGGCUAAAGAGCCACCGAGCGAAGAGGUGAAGGUGCUGGAGCCGCUAAAGCACUUUUGGAGCAAUGAAAAACUCUCGAAAGAGGACGCCUUUCUCAAGGAUUACAUUCUCAACAAACGGUUCGUUCAGAGCAGUGGGGAGGUGCCGACUUACGACGAGAUCGUGGCCACUUCGGAGGAUGAGGAGGAGCUGGAAAAGCAGGAAGAUUAUGAGCGAAAGUAUAAUUUCCGCUUUGAAGAGCCCGAUGCCGACUUUAUCAAACAGUAUCCUCGUACGGUGGAGGAUUCCGUGCGCGUGGAGCGCAACAAGCGCAAGGAACAACGGCAAUUGCUGAAGGAGCGAAAAGAGAAGCUCAAAGAACAGCAAAAGCGGGAGCUGGAGGAGCUGAAGGCGAUAAAGUUGAGGGAGAUUCGUGAGAAAAUCGAACGUUUGAAGAAAAUAGCGGCCACGGAAAAUUUGGCCAUGAACGAGGAAGAUUUGGAGUCGGACUUUGAUCCGGAUGAGCACGAUCGACGCAUGAAGGCAAUGUUUAACGAUGAAUACUACGGGGUAGACGAAGGAGAUCAGAAGCCCGAAUUUCCCGAACUGGAUCAGGAGCUCGGUGUGGAAAAUUACGACGUCGAUCGUUUGGAUGAUGAAAAUGUGGGAGACGACUAUGGUCCGCAUUGUGAGGAUGACGAUUUCGUAAUGGAUUGUGACUACGAAGAGAAAAUGAACGCGGCCAAACAGGCGAAAGAAGCGCAUCAGCAGGAACUGUUGGAAGCGACGGGAAAGGGCAAAAAAAAGGGCCGCCGUCAGUCAAAGUUCCGCGAGGUGCUUAAGGCCGAGAAACCGUUGUUCGACCCAGAAGAUGAGAAGACGUACGGCGAGUACAUCGACGAGUACUACAAGCUGGAUUACGAGGACAUGAUCGGCGAUAUACCGUGCCGCUUUCGGUACGUCGAAACGGUACCGAACGAUUUCGGUUUGUCCGUGGAGGAGAUACUGGCGGCAAACACGCGCGAUCUGAACAAGUGGGCAAGUGUGAAGAAAGCGGUCCAGCUGCGCCCUAAGCACGUGGAGCUGAACGAGAUCGAAAUGUACCGUCGCCGUGCUGCGAAUGAGAAGAUGAAGCGCAAACUCCUGCCUAGCCUGUAUGCAGAGGACGAGGAAGAACAGUUGGAUGCAGAAAUACAGGAGAGCAAGAAAAAGGUUGAAGCUGUUGUGCCAAAGGUGGAGAAGAAUGGGGUGGAGAUAAAAAUCAAACAGGAGAAGGACACAGAUAGCGUGCCUGUGAAGAAGAAGAAAAUUAAACAAGAAAAAUUGUCCAACAGUGAGAACGACAAAAGAAGAAGCGCUAAAGUGGGAUCAGUUCCUGCUGCUAAAGAUGCAGAAUUGAGCAUUAAAACUGAAAGCAAGGAAGGAGAAAGUUCAGUUACCAAGAAAAAGAAGAAGAAAAAGAAACAGGGAACUGUGGAGGCACAACAAGCAAGCACUACUGCCAACUGGCAAGUAAGCGAUAUAAACACAAAAUCCGAGAAACCAGUAGAAAAGUCCAACAACUUCACGAAAGCACAGCAUAAUCCCAAACAUCAGCAGAAGAGAAAAUGGGAAAGGACGGGAGAUGAAACCAAAACGAACGGACACUGGAAUGGUUCGAAGAAGCCACGGUUUGAGCAUGGUGGCACUAAUGGUAGUAGCAAAUGGCGCGGGAAUGACGGUGGUGGACGAAAGAAGGAGGAAAAUGCUGCCGAUCAGCGGUUGCGAGCGUUCGGUUUGAAUCCCAACAAGUUCCGCAAUAAGCAAACGUUCAAUCGCAGCCAUCCUCAGCAAAAUGGGAAAAAAGUGAAUACAAUUACAAAGUUUGAGUAAAGUAAAGUUCCUUCGAGCAACGAUUGUAAUAAAACGAGCUGAUUGUAUACGCUGUAACUCAAAAUA